AAGAAGCAUAUAGGCAGGGUUCGGACAAAUAUUGUAGUGUCUUUUGAGUUUUGAGUAAAGCUCAGCCCAGGCUCCCUAAUCAUGAACAACUUAAACUUGGUUGUCUGCCUUACCCUGGUUGGGCUAGUUGGAUUUCAGGCGGCCAUUGCAACAGCUGAUCAGUUCAACUAUGGUGAAGCUCUUGACAAAACCUUCAUGUUUUUCGAGGCACAAAGGUCUGGUAAACUACCCGUCGACCAGCGUGUCAAGUGGCGCGGUGACUCAGGCCUCAAGGACGGCUCUCAUCAAGGGGUGGACUUAGUAGGAGGAUACUAUGAUGCAGGGGAUCAUGUGAAGUUUGGGCUCCCUAUGGCUUUUAGUGUGACAAUGCUUGUAUGGGGAACUAUUGAAUACAGGAGGGAGAUCACUAAUUUAAACCAAAUGAGGCAUACUCUAUGGGCGAUCAGAUGGGGCACUGACUACUUCAUCAAGGCUCAUACUCAGCCCAAUGUUCUCUGGGGACAGGUUGGGGAUGGGGACUCUGACCACUAUUGUUGGGAGCGCGCAGAAGACAUGACAACUCCUAGAACAGCUUACAAGCUCGACCAGGAUCAUCCUGGUUCAGACCUUGCUGCUGAAACUGCUGCUGCUUUAGCUGCAGCUGCAAUAGCUUUCAAGCCCUACAACUCUUCUUAUUCAGCACUCCUCCUAGUUCAUGCCAAACAGCUUUUCUCAUUUGCGGAUAGAUUUAGAGGCCUAUACGAUGACUCCAUCCAGUGUGCUAAGCAGUUCUAUACAUCAUCAGGUUAUUCGGAUGAAUUACUGUGGGCUGCCACUUGGCUAUUCCGAGCAACUGGUGAGGAGAACUAUCUGAAGUAUGUUGCAGACAAUGCUGUCUACAUGGGUGGAACUGGAUGGGCAGUCAAAGAAUUCUCUUGGGACAACAAGUAUGCCGGUGUGCAAAUCCUUCUUUCAAAGGUAUUGAUGGAGCAAAAAGGUGGUGCAUACACUUCAACAUUAAAGCAAUAUCAGGCCAAAGCAGAUUACUUUGCUUGUGCUUGUCUGCAAAAGAAUGAUGGGUACAAUGUCCACCUCACCCCUGGAGGUUUGAUGUAUGUGCGUGAAUGGAACAAUUUGCAAUAUGCUUCAGCUGCGGCAUUUCUUCUUGCUGUGUACUCUGAUUAUCUCUCUGCUGCGAAAGCCAAACUCACUUGUCCUGAUGGCCAAGUUCAACCUAAUGAAGUUCUAAAUUUUGCCAAGUCACAGGCUGACUACAUUCUAGGGAAAAAUCCCAAGUCUAUGAGCUACUUGGUUGGUUACGGACCAAAAUAUCCUAUUCACGUCCACCACAGAGGUGCUUCAAUUGCCUCUAUCACAGUUCUUCCUCAGACAGUGAGCUGCGUCCAGGGAUUUGAGGCCUGGUACCGCCGCCCCGAAGCAGAUCCUAAUGUCAUCAACGGAGCACUCGUGGGAGGACCUGAUCAGAACGAUAACUUCAGUGAUGACCGCUCCAAUUAUGAGCAGACCGAGCCUACACUUUCUGGCUCUGCACCGCUUGUAGGUCUCUUCUCUAAGCUGGAAAACCUAUUUGGAAACAAAGGUCCAUACCAUAAAGGAUCAGCAACAACAGACCAACCAAAACAAAACUACCAUCUCCAGCAGACACCGGUACCCAGCACAACAUCUUCAGGUGGUGUCCCAGUUGAGUUCCUUCACUCAGUAACCAGCUCAUGGAAUGUUGGGAAAGCGACAUACUACCGCCACAGGGUAAUAAUCAAGAAUACAUCUGGAAAGCCAAUAACAGAUCUUAAGCUGCUGGUCGAAGAUCUCUCAGGGACCUUAUGGGGACUCUCUCCAACUCCUGUCAAGAACACCUACAAGCUUCCACACUGGCUUAGAGUCUUGAAACCUGGUUCGGAGUGCAGUUUUGUUUACGUUCAAGGAGGGCCCCAAGCCAAGGUUUCAGUUCUCGGCUACCAUUGACUCCUGCAACACUUCCUACCCACAUAAUUUCCACACAUUGGGAGUCUGGGACCCUAAAGCUCCGCCCGAAAAUUGUAAUUUACAUAUUUAAUAUACAAUUUAACGAUAAGUUUCAGAAGAUUCUUAAUGAAUAUCAACUUCACGUCCUUGGUAUGGUAAAAACAUAUCAAGGACCUUUUAUCAA